AUGAAUUAAUCUUAAUAUGGAGCCUUUGGUAUGAGUGGCAAUAAUUUCAAUCAAACUGGUAGUAAACCCCCUGUCAAUAAUUACAAUUUUGAAAACGUUAGAGCAUAAUAACCUGCACCAGGUGGACCAUAACCUUCUCGAGGCAAACCUCUAGGCACAGCUGCCAGACAACCUCAAGCUGAAGCAAGACCUAUGACUUCCAAUAGAGGAGCCAAUUUUGGGUAGAAGAAGGACCCUUUCAAUUCUACUCAAAAUCAAAUUAAUUUGAAUAAACCCAAACUUGAAACUAAUCCUGAAGAAUAGUUCAAAGCAAUCGAAAAAGAAAUCAAUACCUUGAUUGAAUAGAGUGCCAUGGCUAAAUUGAGAGGCAAUCUCUCUGAAUGUCUGGAGAAGGCUAAAGAAGCAUUCAACAAAGAAAAGAAACUAAGACAAUCUAAAGAAGCCUAAAAUUUAGUUGAAUCAAUCAACCCUGACCUAAGUUAUUGUGCAGCCUUAACUUAAGCAUGUGCAUUACAUGCGAAUGGACUCCAUCAAGAUGCUUUAGCAAAAUAUCAAGAAAUCAUCAAAUGUAAAUAGUAUCCACAAGCAGGACGAUUAAGAGUCAAUAUGGGAAACAUUUAUUUUGAAUAGAAAAAAUAUUCUACUGCCAUCAAAAUGUACAAAAUGGCUUUGGAUUUGAUCCCUGCCACCUCCAAGGAAAUGAGAUUCAAAAUACAAAAAAACAUUGGUCAUGCUCAAGUAAGGAUGGGCAAAGAUAAAAUCAAAGAGGCAAUGACCACUUAUGAAUAAAUACUCAAGAAUUCACCUGAUUUCCCAACUGGGUUCAAUCUUCUGAUUUGUUUGUAUUUUAGUGGAAAUAAGAAUAAAAUGAAGGACUACUUUGUUACUCUCUUAACCAUCGAAAUACCAGGAGAGGGUGAAGAAGAGAAUAAUGAAAACAAGGGAACUACUAUUACAGAUAAAUUGAGAGAAGAUACUAAAGAAAGAAGAAGAGAAGCCAUUUAUUAUAUUGCCACUUCAGCAAAACUGAUUGCUCCAUUGAUUGAAGAUGACAUUAUUAUAGGAUAUGAAUGGAUCUUAGAAUAACUCAAGAAUUCUACAUUCCCUGAAGCUGAAACUGAAAUCGAAAUAUGCAAGGCUAUGGCCUAUUUAAAAAAAAAGAAUAUUGAGAAAUCUAUAGAAACACUCAAGGGAUUCGAAAAAAAGGACAAGCAAAUCAUGGCUCGUAUUGCUACAAACAUCUCCUUCUUGUAUUUCUUAGAAAAUGAUUAUAAACAAGCUGAAAAAUAUGCUGAAAUUGCCAUUACAUAUGAUCGAUAUAAUGCUAAGGCCUUAGUUAACAGAGGAAAUUGUUUAUAUGUGAAAAAUGAAUUCUUGAGAGCCAAAGAAUAAUAUCUAGAAGCUAUAGGUGUUGAAGCAGAUUGUAUAGAAGCACUCUACAAUUUGGCCUAUGUAAAUAGAAAAUUGAAUAUGUUUAUCGAAUCCUUGUAGGCAUUAGAUAAAUUAUAAACUAUUGUCUGUAUCCCUGAGGUUUUGUAUUAAAUGGCCACACUCUAUGAAAUGACAGGAAACUCAAAAUAAGCAAUGAAAUGGUAUCUAGAAUUGUUGAACAAAGUACCAAAUGAUCCAAAUAUUCUAGCCAGAUUAGGUUCACUAUUUGCAAGGGUAAAUUAUAUCAUAAAUUAAUUAACAGGAAGAUGA